AUGGAUUUAAAGACUAUACUCUGCCUUAUUAUAUAUUCCUUAUUAUUACAAAUAUCACACGCAGAGGAACAACUCGCCAACGACAUAGAACUUUCAAAUUCUCUGAACCCUGUGGACAAACGUGCAUGGAAAUCUAGUUAUUUGAACACGUGGGGUAAACGAUGGAACCCACGAUACAAUUUAAGAGGGUAUCAGAGAAUGCCAAUUUGGGCAAAGAGAUGGACGAAUUCGGGGUUAAUUACGUGGGGUAAGCGAAGUGCUGAUACUGAAAUUCCCAUUCAUAAACGAAAAUGGAAUCAGUUUAUCACGUGGGGUAAACGUAGUGGAGUGCCAUCUAUUGUUAAACGUAGUGUAGGUGAUGAGCUUGUACCGUGGGGUAAAAACAAAGACACUCUACCGGAACUCAAUACAUCUAGUGAUAAUUUAGACAAUAAACUAAUAGAUCUUGAAACUACACCUUCUACAGAUAAACUUUCUUUAGAUGAGAAAAGAGCCAGUGAUAAAGGAUGGAAUGGAUUUACAACGUGGGGAAAACGUGCUAAUAAAGACUGGUCGUCGUUGUCUACCUGGGGAAAACGAGGACAAAAUAAAGACUGGUCAUCAUUAACCACUUGGGGGAAAAGAGGUCACGAUAGGGACUGGAAUUCGUUGACGACAUGGGGAAAAAGAGCUAAUAAGGACUGGUCUUCAUUAAGUACCUGGGGGAAAAGAGCACGCGAAAACGAUUGGUCAGCACUUUCAACAUGGGGGAAAAGGGCAAACAAUAAGGACUGGGCCUCAUUAACGACUUGGGGGAAAAGAGCUAAUGACAGGGACUGGAAUUCUUUAACAACGUGGGGCAAAAGAGCAAAGGGAAAUAACUGGUCUGGUUUAACAACAUGGGGAAAACGAGCAAAUAAAGAUUGGAAUUCUCUCACGACAUGGGGAAAGCGGGCAAACAAAGACUGGUCUGGUUUAACGACAUGGGGAAAAAGAGGCAAUAAAGAUUGGUCAGGUUUAACGACAUGGGGAAAAAGAGGUAAUAAGGACUGGUCGGGCUUAACGACAUGGGGAAAACGGGGAAAUAAGGACUGGUCAGGAUUAACGACUUGGGGAAAACGAGGCAAUAAAGAUUGGUCAGGUUUAACGACAUGGGGAAAACGGGGAAAGAAUGACUGGUCGGGUUUAACAACAUGGGGGAAAAGAGGUAAUAAAGAUUGGUCAGGUUUAACGACAUGGGGAAAACGGGGAAAUAAUGACUGGUCAGGCUUAACGACAUGGGGGAAACGUGGGAAAAAUGACUGGUCAGGUUUGACGACAUGGGGAAAACGAAGCCCUGAUGCUACUUCUGAAGAUAGUGGUGAACUUUCAACAUUAGACAAAAAAGACAUUAAAGGAUGGAAUGGUCUUACGACGUGGGGAAAGCGUUUUGCUGGGGAUAAAAAUAAAUGGUCAAGUUUAACGACAUGGGGAAAACGUGAUGACAACAAUAAGCAAGAUGAUAAAAAGUGGGCACAACUAUCGACAUGGGGAAAACGGUCACCCGAAGAUGCUGCUGAAUUAUGGAAGAUAUAUGACUCUAACGGUGAUGGGAUAAUGGAUAAGGAAGAAAUGGUAUCAUUUCUAAGGUCAGCCGCGUCACAGAAAGACAGUCAACAAGAUGAAAAGUCUUAAUUAAUCAUAAUUAAUUAAUGACGUCAUCGAUAAAUGGAGUAUUAUAAUCAAGAAACUAUAUAUUAUUAUAAAUAUGUGAAAUUCAUAUCGUCCAGGAAACGUCAACAAACUAUUUUAACUGAAUUAAAGUCACAAUGUGUACGGUUAUGGUGAAAUUUUGUGGUUGACAGAAAUAGAUACGUAGUACGCAAUGCGUCAAACGUAAACGCAAAUGUAGAAAGCGUUACAAACGUCAACAAAAAUGGCUUUAUGCACAAUUCGUCGUUAAAUCUUAAAUAGGCCUGUGCUAACUGGAAUCGAACAUUUUCUACGUUUACGGUUACCGCAGUCGCAAAAGGUCUCUAGAAGAAUGAUUUUUAUCAUAAAAUAUUGUAUGACUGGAAGAGUUGCUUUGUAUUUCUCAGAAAGGUUGAACAUUUCAGUUGAUAUUCCUUUCUAGCCUCGCAAUACUACAAGAUAUUUUCAAAUUUGUUUCUGUACGGUUUGGUAUUUUAACAAAUAAAAGACCUGUGUAAACUACUUACCUACCUAAGCUGACCUAUCUGUUAUGUAACAACCAUCUUCUUGAUCUGGAAACUGGAAAUUCUGUAAUAAAUAAAAAAGUUCGCGACUAUAGAUAUAUAUUUCCAGUAAACCCAUAAUGACGCUAAAUCAUACAAUAAUAAGAAUAUUAUUCAAAACGUGUCCUUUAAUUUAGUGAAAACAUCAGUAUAUUUCUGUUGGCAGUAUUCUUGAACAAAAUAAAAAGAUUUUGUUUUUUGUUUGUUUUUAUAUGAUAUUGUAAAAUAGAAUGUAUUUUUAUAUAAAGUGCUUGCAGUUCAUCC